AUGCGCAGCGGAGCGGCCAGUGAGGGCGCCCGCCACCGCAGGGAGCAGUUCGAGGCCGCCGUCAAGCGCAUCGACGAGCAGCUGGCGCAGGCGCGCGCGAACGAGGCCGCGUUGGCCGAACGCGGGCGCGAGUACGAUGAGCUGGGCGCGCUGCUGGAGGAGCUCCCAGAGAAGCUGGAGCACCCAAUUAUGGUGCCGUUCGGCCCGCUCGCCUUCUUCCCCGGCCACAUCCAGCACACCAGCGAGGUCCUGACCCAGCUCUCCUCCGAGUGGUUCGUGCUGCGCCCCGCGAAGCACGCGCGGGGGCUGGUCGACAGGAGGCAGGCCCGCCUGCGCUCGGACCAGGCCGACGUCGCCAAGGAGCUCGAGCUGCUGCGGGCGCGGCGGCGCGUGGCCGCCGGCGCCGCCGGCCUGCCCGCAGAGGCGGAGCCGAAGGCAGAGUCGCACGCGGAGGAGCGCGAGGGCGGCGGGAGCGUGCGCAUCGACGAGGACGGCUACUUCGAGAUACGGGAGCCCGCCGACGGCGAGGCGGAGGCGGAUCAGAGGCCCGAGGGUGCGACGGUGAGCACCGACGCCGACGGCUACCUGGAGAUACGGGAGCCGCUCGGCGAGGCGGAGCAAGAGGAGGCGGCUCCGAGGCAGCGCCCAGCCGAGGCGGCCCCCGGGGCGCCGCGGCCGAGCGAGCUGACGCUGGCGCCCGAGAUCGCACGGCUGCGAGAGCUGGAGAGGCUCGAGGAGGAGGAGGCGGGCGGGGCGCGGGCGUCCGCGCCUGCGCCCGCGCCUCCGCCCGCUGCCGCUGCGACGCAGCAGGGGCGGCCCGACGCCAUGGAGGAGCUGCGCCGGCUGGAGAGGCUGGAGGAGCUGGAGGCCCUGGACGCGCUGGACGAGCUGCUGGAGCGCAGCGAGCAGGAUGCCGGCGGAGCCUGCCAGCCCCCAGGUCUCGAGGUGGCCGCCGAGCAGCCCACCCGCGCCCUGGCUGCCAGGUCUCCUGCGGACAUCUUCGAGGCCAUGCGCAGGGCGGAGGAGGCCGCCGCUGGGGCUGCGGCCGCGCCGCCCCCGCCGCGGGCGGCGGAGGUCCGCUUCCCGCCCGCCGCCGGCGAGGACCUGCCGCGUCGGGGCACGGAGCUUGCCGCGGGGCCGCUCCCGGCCCGGGUGGUGGAGGCCCGCCCCAGCCUGCUCGCUGCCAGCGAGGCCGACGACUCCGGCGGCCCAGGCGGCCUGGGCAGCCCCCUCGUAGGCGGUGCGGCAGUUGGAAGCGCCGCCGCGCCGGCGAGGGUGUCCAAGUUCAAGGCCGACCGCCAGCGCGCCAGGGGCUGA